AUGGCGGUUCCAAAUGACAAGCAGUUCUUGCACCAUCCGAAGGAUCAUGGUGCCUUCGGUCCUUUCCUACCAGCAUUGUCAACACCGUUGUGUCACUGUGGGUUACCGUCUUUUGUGAAGCAGUCAAGGCAUCUAGAGUCAGCUAGGCGUGCUUUCUAUAGAGGCUUCCCAUAUUGUGACUUUGAGGAGUACAAUUAUGGACCCAAAUCGCACUGGCCUUCUGAGUAUGAAUUUGCAGAGUUUGAAGUAGGCAUUAAGGAGUGGCCUUGCACAAAAAUGCCGGAGCAUAAGUGCAGGUGUGGGAUCAAGGCUCGUGAAGGAGUUGUUCCGUCUGAACUACGCUACGGUUACUACUGCGGCAAUGCUUAUGGAGGGCCUACCGAGUUCUGGGCGGGGAGGACAUGCAAUUGGGAGGACUUCCCCAGUCGUGGAUACUUAGUAGAGAGGCUGAAGAUACGUUCACCUCUCGAAAAACACAGGAAGCAUUUGCAUCGGCAGCAGAUUUAG